AUGGCCCCUCAUGCGACGAGCACUUCCCCUAACCGUGCCGAUACUAGGCUUGCAACGACGGAUCAUGACGUCUAUAGUGGAAGCAGCAUCACCAACAACAACCACGACAACAUCAGGACAUCAGAUCCAUCUUCACUGACGAGAUAUCCCGACGAUGAGGCUCACGAUAUGAUAUGUGUUGGAUUCGGUCCAGCUUCUUUGGCCAUUGCCGUCGCGUUACAGGACGCUCUCGAGCCCCUCUCCACUCAGCCUGGAAGGGCAAAGCCCAAGGUUCGCUUUCUGGAACGACAGCCGCAUUUUGCCUGGCAUGCUGGGAUGAUGCUCCCCGGCGCAAAGAUGCAGAUCAGCUUCAUCAAGGAUCUGGCUACGUUGAGAAAUCCUCGGAGCAAGUUCACCUUCAUGAAUUAUCUCCAUGAGAAGCGCAGGCUGGUAUCAUUCACCAAUCUCGGUACCUUCCUGCCAGAGCGUAUGGAAUAUGAGGACUACAUGCGGUGGUGUGCCGGCCAUUUCGAGGAUGUCGUGGACUAUGAUACCACCGUGACCUCAAUCAAGCCAGCCAAGCUCUCCACUGGCACAAAGGUUGAAUGCUUCCAAGUCGAAUCCUGGAAUCGCAGACGCGAGGAAUUCAUCCUUCUCCGAGCACGACAUGUCGUUAUUGCAGUUGGUGGGCGGCCGAACAUUCCCAAGUGCUUGAGCAUUGAUUCCCCGCGCGUGAUCCACUCGUCUACAUACGCCACCCAAGCUUCGAACAUGUUCUCGCCGGACUCGCCGCCAAAGUCUAUUGCAGUCAUUGGCGGCGGCCAGAGUGCUGCGGAAGUCUUCCACAACAUCCACUCUCGGUUCCCAUCUUCGAAAUCGUACCUCAUCGUCCGGGACUCGGCGCUAAGGCCGAGUGAUGACUCGCCUUUCGUCAAUGAAAUAUUUGACCCCGAAAAAGUCGACAGCAUAUACGCUCAGGAUUCCGCCGUCCGAGCGAACAGCCUCGCGGCAGACAAAGCCACCAAUUACGGCGUCGUACGUCUCGAGCUUCUCGAGAAACUCUAUGCCGAGCAGUACUCUUAUCGCUUGCAAUACGAGCGAGAGACCGAUUGGCCCCAACAGAUCUUGACGCAUCGUAACGCGACCGGCAUCACAGCCUUGCCUGCAGCCGGUUCACACGCACUAAGACUACAUUUGUCCAACACAAAGCAGCUCACGAACGAGCAAACGACACCGAAAGACGAAGCGCUCGACGUCGAUCUCGUUGUUGUAGCCUCGGGGUACGCAAGGGACGCUCAUACAGGGCUGAUGAGAGGCUUGGAGCACCUUAUGCCCGAAAGGGAGGACGCCGAUGGUAGCUGGAAGGUGUGCAGAAACUACGCCGUGCAAUUCAAGAAGGAUUCCGUGCGAGACAACGCUGGCAUCUGGCUCCAAGGAUCAAACGAGAAUACGCAUGGUCUGUCCGACACUUUACUUUCCAUUUUGGCGACACGAGGAGGGGAAGUCGUUCAGAGUAUUUUUGGACUGGGCUGA